CUUCCUCAAAUGCGACGGCCCGAUGAGCACCGGCCAUGGAGCCGCAGGAAGAGGCGCCGACGCUCCGGGAUGCCGUCGCUCGGUCGCCGGGGGCCUCGAUGCCUCCGCGGCUCGAUGAAGAAGAGCGGCCGGAGGGCGGCGCGUCGCUAGAAGCCGACGGCGCGGGAGCGGACGGGCUGUGGGAGCUGCCCGUGGAGCACGCAGAGCGCAGGCCCGAAUGCAGCCGCUGCAGCCGGCCCCAGAAAGUGUGUUUAUGUCCAUUUCUACCAGUACACCCACUCCAUAUCUCUACCCAAUUGUACAUAAUUCAGCAUCCAGCAGAGGAAAGCAAAGUGUUACGGACAGUUCCUCUGCUCACAGCAUGCCUCCCCCAGGACAAGUGUAAAGUUAUGAUUGGUCGUCGCUUCAGCGAAGAAAGGGAUGUUGAACUUUCAACUGUUUGCCGGAAGUCUGGUACAUUAAUAUUAUAUCCAGGUGCUGAGGCUACUAAUUUGGAAGAAUUUAUUACAGAUGCUCCUGUUUAUCCUUCCACAAUCAUCCUCAUUGAUGGUACAUGGAGCCAGGCUAAGGAUAUCUUUUAUAAGAAUUCUUUAUUCCGACUUCCCAAACAGGUGCAGCUAAAAACUAGUACUUCUAGCCAGUAUGUAAUUCGGAUGCAACCAACGAAUAGGUGCCUUUCCACCCUGGAGUGUGCUGCUGUUGCCCUUUCCAUCUUGGAGAAGAACCAUGACAUACGUGAGACUUUGCUUCAUCCUCUUCAAGCUCUGUGCUCUUUCCAGCUUCAGCACGGUGCUCAGAUUCGCCUCAGCAAGGAGUAUCUCCUGAAGAACGGGUUGUAUCCGAAGCCAAUGCCCAAAAACAAGCGCAAACUCAGGAAGAUGGAACUGCUAAUGAACAGCGUUAAAAUUUAGUACAGUGCUUCUCCCGGUGCUAGUUUACCCGUUACCUUUUCAGCCAGCUUAGGCCUGAGGAGCUUGGACUCCAAAGGAUAGCUGCCAGCAAUCUUGCACUGAAGGGGGAAGGAAACCAAACAGCCAUAAAACUACAAGAAACAAUUUCAGUGACUAUGAAAAGUGAAAUUUCAUACUGUGUUGGUUUUGAAAAUGUGCCUCUAAUACAUAUUUUCAUGUUUAUAAUUUACAAAUAUGAUUAGGUAUUGGGCUACACUUACUUACAAAACGAAGAAAAUCGUGCCUGGUUGGACCACUGUUGCUUCAGUGAAUAUUUAUAGAUGACUACACAUGGGUCAGUGAAUGAUAAAAUGAAUCCUGCACCAGUUUGCAGCCUUGUGUGUGAACUUUAGAAUUUGAAAUAAGUUGUAACACAAAAUAAUGAUAGUCACAUGUUGAGAUUGAGUUAUUUAUUUCACAAGAUAAUAUAAAGGAAUGAAAAACUAUUGUUUAUGGGCUAAACUUAAUGUCAGCAAAUGUAAUACAUGGUUUCUGUUAAUUGCCCAAAUUCUUAACGAGUGCAUUUAAUUUUGAAAUGGCAUACAUUUUCAUUUGGGAUUGCUUUGGACAAGUUUUUUUAUUGUUUAUUGAACAGGUUUAUUGGUUGUGGUAAACUGAUUUUUAAUGAAGUUUCCAUAUGGAAAUAACUGAAGUAGAAUAUAACACAACUAUUAUUUUGAGAACAUAUUUCUCUAAGUUGCUCUAUUUAAAUAUUUUUAUAGAGGGCAAAAACUUUCACUAUAAAAAAGUAAAUUCCUCAACCCUGUUAAGAAAAUAUUUAGUGAGGAUUUUCAUGUAGAAUAAUAGAAAUUUAAGUAAAGUGUGUUUGCAUCCAAAUUUACUCCAGUGAGGUUCAUGUUUUGACAAGAAGCAGGGGCUUUGUUUUGACCUUCAUUCAUGAUGGCUAGAGUUACCUGUAUCAAAUGUUAAAGUGGAAGAAAAAAGUACUAUGCAGCUUAAAGGUGAGCUUGAUAAGUAAGUGUGUAGAUGUACAUGAACAUAUACUAAUGGCAGUUUCUAACAGUUUUUCAUGCUCAUGUAUUUGAUUAAUUUUUCACUUUUACUAAGAUUAGACUCUUAUUAAGAGCUGUAAUGCUGGUCACACUUAUAGUGCUAACAAAAAUGUAGGGAAAUUAUGCAGAAACUAUUUAACAAUACUAAAAUUUAGCUGGGUGUGGUGGUGCACGUCUUUAAUCCCAGCACUCAGGAUCACUGUGAGUUAGAGGCCACCCUGAGAACACAGAGUGAAUUCCAGGUCAGCCUGGACUAGGGUGAGACCCUACCUUGAAAAAUCAAAAAUAAAAAAACCUAAAAUUUAGAUUUCUGUCUUGUUGACCAUUUGCAUUUAAAAACAAGUUAGUUCUUUAUACUCUGAAUGCCUAAUACCAAAUAAUUGUAUUAUAAUAAAGAAGUAGUAUUGUGUAUAAUGGUUUUUAAACAAAUGGGUUAAAAUCAUUUUGCAGUGAUCUUUAUGCUAAAAUUAAACCCAACAAACUUCUUUUAGUGUUGUGAUUUCUCCUUAGGAAAAGUCCUCCAUGUGACACCAUUUACAUUUCAGCUUCAGUCAUCUUGGCCAUUUCAGUUAACUUCUGUGUUCAUCUUUUAAAGAUAUUCUCGUGUAUUUUUUUUUUAACACUUAAGAUUCAUUGUUUUUGGAGAUAUAUUAAAUUUCCUGUAAGAAGGUAUAGCUGGCUACAGAGGAGAUGGCAGAGUCACAAGCUUCCUGCGUCGGUGAAUCUAGAGAAACGCAUCAAGUGCAUGACCGCGAGAGAGGUGGGACGUGUGGAAAGACAGAGCAGAGACCAGACGGAAUCCAGACAUGCUGGUUUAGACUCGCAAAAAAACAAAAACA